AUGUCCGAAAAAGAACACAAACAAGAGCUAAUCACUCUCAUGGACGACAUUAUGUCUGAAAUUGAUCUUAAACCUUUGCACCCGAAAAAUAAACUUUUGCUUUAUAGUCGUUACCUCCUAUCCAAAAUUUCCUGGCAUUUCACUGUAACCACCAUAUCAAGAACCUGGGUCUCUGAAAAUAUGGAUUCUGUGGUGAACAAGUAGGGCCUACGUACGUAAAUGGCUUGAAAUACCUAUAUCAGGAACUCUAUCUAACGUCUACCUUAUCAGCAACAAGUUUGGUCUAAAUAUCUACCCGCCGUCAAUUAAGUUUGCUCAGUGCCAAACAGUUGCUCGUAACGCCUUAAAGACCUCUCCAAAUCAUUCCAUAAAAGACCUCUGGAAAACAACAUCUGAAAGCAAAAACAUUCAGUACGACGUUUACAUCUCGACAAAGGAAGUCCUUAAAACUUUUAACUCCGGACAAGAAGACAAAUUGCAGAAUCAUCUGAUUUUGCAAGGCUCCUUCUUCUCAAAUGUCAUUAAGUUUUCACUGUCGAAAUUAAACGGCAUAUGGUCUAAAUCCCAAUCAAACCUCCCAAAGAACAUCUAUAACUUCACCAUUUGUUACAUUAAUAACUCACUUCCAACUCGUAAAAACCUUACUAAAUGGGGAAUAUUGUCCAACUCUGAUUGCUUCUUCUGCUUAAACCCUGAAACCCUUCUACAGGUAGUUGCUGGAUGUCAAACGUAUCUCCCACGAUUUACAUGGAGACAUGAUUCUGUUCUGAACUUCAUAGCACAAACGCUACAACCUGUAAACAACUCCAAUCUUUUCGUCGAUCUUCCUGGUUAUAAAAGCCCAUCAAUUGUAACUGGUGACACAUUCCGCCCAGACCUACUUCUAUCUAUCAACUCGGAUUGUCUCUAUAUCCUUGAACUUUCUGUUGGUUAUGAGUCUAAUCUACAAACAAAUGUUGAUCGGAAAAGAAGAAGAUACGAAGAUCUCAUUACACAGCAAAAGAAACAAUUUAAGUCCGUAAAAUUUGUAAAUUUGUCAAUUAGUUCUUUAGGCGUCUUCUCAAAAGAAUGUCAUUCCUUUUUAGAUAUCUUAAAUGAUCUAGGUCUUGAUAAAAGACACCAACAUUUUGCUAUCAGGAAAAUUAUGUCUAUCGCGAUUAGGACAACAUAUUAUAUAUUUUGUUGCAGAGAUAAGGACUGGUCAAAUCCGGAAUUACUGAACAUUUAA